AUGCCUCGAUUGUCAAGGAAGGAGGAUAAGGCCAAAGAUAGCAACGCAUCUACAGACGAUAACCAAGCUAGUAUGUCUACUCAGGCAGGUGUGUUGACCUGGGAAGAGCGGAACUUGUCUAGUCCUACCGUUUUUUCAGAAUCUCGGGGGCAUUAUAAGAUGUGCCUUGAUGUUGAGGUCCGAAACGUGACUUUGCCGCAAUAUAUCAGUCCAUUACCGCUUGGACUAUCUUCAGCUGAUCGGGACUAUUUGCGGAUGAAGGGUGCUUUGAAUAUUCCAAAGGCUGAGCUACGGGAUGCGCUUCUGGAAUGCUUCGCACUAUUUGUCCACCCCUUAUUGCCCGUCAUUGAUCUGGGCGACGUUUACUCGAGAAUAGAAAGCAAUGGUCGAACUGGCACAGUCAGCCUAUUGUUGUUGCAGAUGGUUAUGUUUGCUGCAACUGCGUACGUGGACAUUCGCAUCCUCAACAAACACGGAUAUAAUAGUGCAAGUCAGGCGCGAUUGGAGUUUUUCAAUCGAGCCAAACUACUCUAUUCUCUCGACUGUGAACCGGAUAGACUCGCAGUGUUACAGACGGUAAUAUUGAUGACUCUCCGGUCUGACCAGCCAGACCUCAUCACGCACACCCGACACCAUAUUUCUGUUGCAAUGACGCGUGCGCAGUUAAUCAACCAAGAUCCAGCGAUGAAAAUUUCCCAGAGGCUAUGGAAGCGCAUCCUGUGGACUUGCUAUAUGAGGGAUUGUAUCCUAGCUAUCUCCUUCCAAACACCUAUGAUAAUCCGGUACGAAGAAUUUGAUAUCCCUCCGCUCGAGCUUCAGGACUUUGAUGCAGCAUCUUGGCUGAGAGCUGUUCACUGGAUAUCGCGGCAUACUGGAAACCCAAGCGGGAACUUAUGUAACGCUCAGACACUUGCCAAGCUGUGUAUUGCUUUGGUAGAAUGCUGUCAGCGCAUCUCAUAUGGUUUGAACUGUCAAUAUGGGACCCAUCCAGGUGAAGAUGGCUUUGAAGAAGAACUAGUCACGCAGUCGCUUGGCGAUAUUGCGGGCUCAAAGCGUGUAAUUGGAAGGUUUACACAAAUCUAUGCCGAGAUAAAUGUGGAAGACCCCAUCACGGGUCCCGGUGCAAAGCAGCUUGACAGUGUCUCUCUACAUGAGUACUGCCUUCAGGAAUUCCGAUCUGAGCAAAUUGCGACUCUUCUUAAUACUGUUAGCCAGUCCCUCAUGGGUAUUGAAAGCAAGGACAUUAUUGCACUGGGCUUUCUCCACUAUUGCAAGGCCGGAACUGGAUUCCAGGCUGUGAUCUCUGAUACCAAGCAUGGAGGUCAGUAUCUUCGAAUCAGACAAGGCACUCAGACAAUCUCCAAGUUCAUGGCAAAGGAGCUUAAAGAGGGCUCUCUCUGGCUUUCCACCCCAGUGACCCAUAUUGAGCAGUGUCAGGAUACCGGUGUCUGUAUUGUUCGAUCUGCCAACGAAGCCGUCUUUAUGGCAAAAAAGGUCAUUUUGUCCGUUGCCACUCCUUUCUACAAGACGAUCCAAUUUUCGCCACCCCUGCCGACGGAAAAGCAGCGUCUCGCUCUGGAAAACAUCCUGGGCUAUUAUAGCAAGAUGAUCUUUGUCUUUCAAAAGCCAUGGUGGCGCACUGCCGGACUUUCCGGGGAGAUCAAAGCGCAAGACAACGGGCCUAUCUUAUUCUCUAUGGAUACCAGCAUCCCCGAGGACGACCAAUGGUCAAUCAGCUGCUUCAUUGUUGGUGGGCGUGGCCUCAAAUGGUCCAAACUGUCGCGGGAGGAGAGAUAUUCUUCUGCCUGCAGCCAGCUUCGCUCUGGGUUCGAGAAGGUUGAACUGGAAUCUGGGAAACUAGAGGUCCCAGAGCCGAUUAAUACCCUCGAGUACGAAUGGACUAAGCAGGAGUUCUUCCUUGGUGGCCCCUGUCCAGCGUCGCCACCAGGUCUGCUCUCCUCCGUCGACGGGGCCGCUCUUUGCAAAUCCUUCGAAAAUGUUCACUUCGUAGGCACGGAAACAUCACUUGAGUGGAAAGGGUACAUGGAAGGAGCUAUUCGUUCUGGAGACAGGGGCGCUGCGGAGGUCGUUGCGGAACUCCAGGAAAGGUUUUGA